AUGGCUCGGUUCAUUUGUGGCAUGAACCGUGAGAUUGCCAAUAUUGUUGAGCUGCAUCACUACGUGGAGCUUGACGAUGUGGUACACAUGCCAAUGAAAGUUGAAAGAAAACUCAAGAAAGGAGUGCGAUCAUCUUCCAAGUAUGAGGCUGCAAGUUCAUCCAGAAGAUCAGGUCAUAUUGCUUAUCAAUGUCCAAACAAGCGAUCAAUGAUCAUGUUGGAUAAUGGGGAGAUCGAAAUUGAAGAGGAAGAUGAAGGAAAUGAGUCCACUCCAUCAGUUGAAGAUACUAGUGAUGUUGAGCUUGCUAUUGAUGGCCAAGCUCUUGUUGUGCUAAGAGCUCUCCUUAUGCAAACCAAGGAAGACGAUGACAGGCUCUGUGUUAAUGUGGCAAGCAAGUUAAUGGUGGACAAGUUUGGCCUACCUACCUUGAAGCAUCCAAAGCCGUAUAAACUCCAAUGGCUCAAUGACAGUGGAGAAAUGAAGGUAACCAAGCAGGUCCUUAUUUCAUUUACGAUUGGAAGGUACACGGAUGAGGUUCUGUGUGAUGUUGUACCCAUGCAAGCUAGCCAUUUGCUUCUUGGAAGACCGUGGCAAUUUGACAGACGGACCACACAUGAUGGGUACAAGAACCGCUACAGCUUCAGCAAGGAUGGUAGGAACAUUACACUUGCACCUUUGACACCUCGUCAAGUAUUUGAGGAACAACUCCAGAUCAAAAAGUCCGUUGCAGCAAGAGGAAAAGCUUAUCAAAGUAGUCCAGAAGAGACCAAAGAGCUUCAAAGGCAAGUUGAAGAACUUAUGACCAAAGGACAUGUUCGUGAAAGCAUGAGUCCCUGUGCUGUGCCGGUGCUGCUGGUUCCAAAGAAAGACGGGGCUUGGAGGAUGUGCGUGGAUUGUCGAGUUGUAAACAAGAUAACGAAAUGCAGCUUUUGCAUAGAUAGGGUUGUUUUCCUUGGAUUUGUUGUUAGUUCCAGAGGCGUGGAAGUUGGUGAGGAGAAGGUGAAAGCUAUCAGGGAAUGGCCUACCCCUACCACCAUCACUGAAGUAAGGAGUUUUCAUGGCUUAGCCGGGUUCUAUAGGAGGUUUGUGCCAAAUUUCAGCACCAUCGCUGCCCCUUUAAUGGAAAUCAUCAAGAAGAAUAUUGGAUUUAAGUGGGGAGAGUCACAAGAGAAAGCCUUCAACGCAUUAAAAGAAAAGCUAAGUACUGCUCCUUUACUACUACUAGAUUUUUCUAAGGUUUUUAAAAUCAAAUGUGAUGCUUCUGGUAUUGGUAUAGGUGUUGUUCUUAUGCAAGAAAAGAGGCCAAUUGCCUACUUCAGUGAGAAGCUCAAUGGUGCAGUGUUGAACUACUCAACAUAUGACAAGGAGCUCUAUGCAUUGGUGCGAGCUUUGGAGACAUGGUAA